UGCGUAGCAUUACAUGCGAAUCCAUCCGGUUUGAAGGUGGGCGUGAACGAAAGGAAACCGUUCAUCUUGAAGAACAAGCUUCGUAGUCGAUCAUAAAGCUGUCCAACAAAGUCCAAAUUGCCGUUCUCUUCAGGUGAAGUUAUAUCCCAACGAAGCAGUCUCUCGAAUCCUCGCCAUAACUGCACACGACAUCCAGUAUCGGUAGGUAUCACUCCGGCUAGCCUAUUCAACGUGUCGAUAACUUGGUGAGGAUCACGACUCGAUGACACUGCCAUGAUGUCCGCCCGCAAUUCGCAGAAUGUUCCAGUCCAUCCAAUCGGACAGCUACACUGAUUUCCGAUAUAUUUUCCACCAUUGUAGCAUUGAACUUGUUCACAAAGAUUUCCACUGAAUCCAGGUGGACAGAAACAAGACGUGUUCGUAGGGUUCAUUACGCCACCGUUUUGACAUCCCGACAGUGAUGUUGGUGGGGGAGCUAUCUCUGCGCAGUACAUGACACCUGCUCGUUGUACGGCAAAUCCAAGUAGGUCCUGGGCGAAGAAAUUGAAAUGAAAAAGUUCAUUAGGCCGUCUACACAUGAACGGUGGGAAAUAGAAAUUAUAAUUGCAGACAUCACGCCAUAUUCCGUUCGAUGCAUAAACCUGUGUCGGUUUUCCGUUACGAUUUGUACUUAUAGUUAGGGAAGCUUGUACACGUUCUGGUGGAACGCCAACAGGAUAGUUGGUCAGAUGCAUGACGAUCGCAUGUUGUAGACCGAACAGUGGCUGUGGGAGGCCCAUAUCCGAAUCGAUAUUGAUCGAUGUUGACCAGAAAAGAUCCAUCUGGGUAUCUCGUCCAGGUGUGUGGUACAUAGCCUGGUAGAUUUUGUAACUGCACGAUUGCGUAGCUGCUGAAGAACGGAACGAGAACAGCCAGUUGCCAACCUGUGGUCCGUUGAAGAGCCAUAUGUUAUUUACGCCAUCGGUAUAUUGCUCAGUAGUGGCUGCCCAUUCUCCAUCCGGAUCUGUUAGGACAAGCGAUAUAUUCCCUAAAAAAUGA